AUGCAUUUUCCUCCUCAUCAUCAUCCAUCAAGAAAAACAGUUAAUGAUGGAGCUCGAUCAUUGAAACCUGAUCGUGAUGUUGGUCUUUCAUUUUUAUAUCGUUCAACACGAGGAGAAGCACGUUUAAGUCAUUCAACAUUUCCUACUUAUUAUUCUUUAGCAUAUAUACCAAUGCCGUAUUUUCCGAAAAAUAAUACACGUUCUGUUCAUUCGAAUGUUCAAAUAUUAUUAUACAAUUUUCUUGAACGACCAGUUGGUUUCAAAUGUUUUAUCUAUCAUUUUUCUGUGUUAUGGUCAGCAGGAUGUCGAAGCAAAUAUAUGGGUAUAUCAGGUCGAUUUCGAUUUGCACGAAAACCAAUUGCUCUUGUCGAUUUAUUGGUUGUUGUUUCAUCAGCAUUAAUGAUUAUUUUAGCUGCUGAUCGACAAGCUUUUGCUGCAUCAGCUAUUCGUGGUGUACGCUUUUUACAAAUUCUACGUGUUUUACAUGUUGAUCGACAUGGUGGAACAUGGCGCUUAUUAGGAAGCGUUGUAUAUAUUCAUCGACAAGAAUUGAUUACAACGUUAUAUAUUGGAUUUCUUGCAUUAAUCUUUUGUAGUUAUCUUGUUUAUAUUGCAGAAAAGGAUGAAAAAGGUGAUGAAUUACGAGGUGUUAAAGGUAAUGACAGUCAUUUUGAAACUUAUGCAGAUGCAUUAUGGUGGGGUGUGAUAACAAUAACUACGAUUGGUUAUGGUGAUGUUUAUCCAGUAACUUGGGUUGGAAAGAUAAUUGCUUCUUGUUUUGCUAUAUUUGCGAUAUCAUUUUUUGCUUUACCGGCUGGCAUACUUGGCUCUGGUUUUGCUUUAAAAGUUCAACAAAAACAACGUCAAAAACAUUUCUCUCGACAAAUUCCAGCUGCAGCAACAUUAAUUCAAGCAGCAUGGCGUGUUUAUGCAAGUUCACCUGGUUCAGCAUGUGUAGCAACAUGGAAUAUUUAUUUACAUGUUACUGAUACAUGUUCAUCACCAACAGGAAAUAAAUCAUUUUCAACAAAUCAUCAAACAUUUAGUGAAAGAACAGCAGAAAAACUUCGACAUUUACGUUUAUCAAGUGUUCAUAGAAAAAGUCGUCCGAAAAGGACCAGUCACGCUCCAUCAUCGCCUAAUCUUUUACAUUCAUCUGUUUUAAUUGAUGGACGAAGUUCAGCAUCAUCAACAUCGAAUGCAACAGUUUUAGAAAACAAUGAUCAUGAUGAUGAAGAUUUUGAAGAAGAACCAAUUAAACUUUGGUCGUAA